AUGAGAGAAUCAGUACCCAAAGAACACCGAAUUUCGAUUGAUGAAACAAUUUCAUCACCCAGCAAUUCCGAAAUAAUCCCAAACAAUAACAAAAAAAUAGCACGUGUUGUUUGCUCACCAAACAUGAAGUAUGUUGCAACUGCAAGUUUGGAGGAUAGUUCAGUUUACGUGUGGAAGUUCCCGGACAGAAAGAAAGGAGAAUACGAAUUAAAGUUUAAUCAUUCAUUGGAUUUAAAAGAAGUAGACUUAAUGGAACCAAUAAAGGUCUCAGAUUCCAAAGAUGUUCUUAUAGGAAAUUGUUGUAAGAAUUCUUUAAUCCUCGAAAUCAGAGAUCCAGGAAACAACCCAAUAAAAAUAUUGAAUGCUCAAGAAGAUUUAAAAGGAAGAAUCGAUUGUUCUGGAUUUCUUAAAAAUGGAGAGUUAGUAAUUGUUGAGGGGGAUCCUGUUUAUCAGGAAAAAGUGUUGAUUCUCUUAGAUAUACCUUUUGUAAUCAUGCAAUGGAACUUGGUGACACGAAAGUUUGAGGCACAAUACGAAUUAAAUUGGAGUUUGACUAUGUCUUGGAAAUCGAUUGGGAUGGAACUUAACAAAUCAUUUGACGGAACCGGUUUCGGCAUUAUGAAUUUUAUUAUGUCAGAGAAAGGGAAAUUUUUGCUUGUUUACUUUGAAGAGGAGCACUUGUUCUAUGCCAUCAAUCUAAGCACUUAUUCGAAAUCAAAAAAUUCAAGAAAGUUAGAUUUAGCGGCGGAAAAGGAUUUUAUUGUUCCUGGUUAUAUUAUACGAUCUCAUGAUCGUUUACGAAUUGAAAGUUUAUCUCGAAAUAUGGAAUGGGAAGAAGAGAUACGCAGCGAACCUGGGAAAGAUGGCAAAAUUGAUUUAAGUUACAGAGAAGAAAUAAAAGAAACCAUAAGAAAUAUUUUAGAAACAAAUCAACCAGACCAAAAAAUAACUCAAGGUCCAAAACCGGAUUAUAAAGGUCAGCUAUACACCUGGAAUGUUGAGUGCGAGAAAAUUUCCAAUGUAUUCGUAGCUAGAUUAACAGCUAAGCGAUAUUACGAAGUUUCCGUUGAUGAACUUGCAAAAUAUGUCAAGAAAAUGAAAAAUGAGGUAUAUGAGGAAGAAUCAAAUCCGUUGUUACCCGCUAUUGAAAAAAUUGUCGGUUAUGAAAAAAAGGCUGAUGAAAAAUUUCAGAAUAUUGAUAAAAGAUUUGAUGAACUAAUCAAAUUAAUUAACCAAGAAAAGAUUAAAAGUAAACAGAUAGAUUAG